AUGUUCUUAGUCAGUAUAGCAGUUACUGUAGCUAUCAUUGUUGUUGGUACUGUAAUUGCUAUCGGUUUAGGCAUUGGAUUGCAUAAUAGUAAUCAAAAUCUCACACUUGUUACUACACCUUUAUCAACUACAACAACUGUCACUCCAACAUCACUCCAUAUUAAUACCACAACAUCAACAACGACCACAACUACCGCAACAUCUACAACCUCGGUAACUACUCCAACUCCAACUUCUACAUCUACGUCUACGUCUACUAUAACAUCUUCAUCUUCUACAACUACUUCAACUACAACUACAACUUUUGCACAUAUCACUACAACUACGUCAACUACAACCAUUAGUACAACCACAACAUCUACAAGGACGACUGCUAUGAAUUGUUCCUGCACAUGUCAAUGUGCUUAA